AAAAGAAUACAAAUAAAAAUUCAAAGUGAAACAAUGCCAGCCAACGUCCAACCUCACCGUGAUAAUAGAAACGCUUGACCUUGAAGAGAGAGAGAACCCACUAUUCUUCUCUCUGUCUAAUUUCCAUGGAAGACUUCAACUACAACAGAUCAAGGUCUCAUGGCAAUGGGCAAAUGAUGAAGAUGGAGAGGUACUAUGGAGGAGCAACACCACCACCAAGGCCUUGUGAUCUCAGGUCCUAUAGCGUCUCCUAUGCACAAGCUCAAAUGGGUCCCAAUAAUUACAACAACAAGGACUUGAAGAUGAUGAAGAAAGGAAAAAGCAUGUCAUCAAGGGCUACUUCUAUUUCCAAGUCUUGGAGCUUUGCUACUGAUCCUGAGAUUCAAAGGAAGAAGAGGGUUGCCAGCUACAAAAUGUAUUCUGUGGAAGGAAAAGUCAAAGGCUCCUUUAGGAAGAGCUUUAGGUGGCUUAAGGAUAGGUACUGGCAAGUGGUUUAUGGCUGGUGGUGAUUAAUUUAGUGGCUAAUUACCCCUUUGUAUUAAUUUCCUGUUUACAUAUUUAAUUGAGUUUUUACUGUUCAUGAUUAGUAGAAUUAUGAGUUAUGAUCAGUUUAACUAGACUUGAUUUUAUGAAUUCAUGUUACUUUAUUGAA